CCGGGAUAUUAUGACCCAUUUGCGUAUUACAUUUUCCCACAGGUUUGUUCGAGGUUUGUUCGAAGCAAACCAUCCUGGCACCACCGCAAGGGGGAUGUCGCGCCGCAUCUCGACGUUGGAGUGGCUGGACCAAGCUCUGAAUGAGACAGAGAUAUCUGCGACAAUCCCUCAACCAAAGCCAACGUCUCCUGCACAGCAAGCUGCUAUGUCCAUGUCGUUGUUGUACCUGUGCCUUGGUCUGUCGUUCGUCGCCGUGGUCCUCGUGUUCCUCAAACUGUGGCUGCGGAUGCGGUCAAUGCAGCCACCAUCGACGAAACAGCGCGUGACGCAUCUGCUGGAUGUCGCGAUCUGCAUCCUCGGGUGGUAUGCCAUGAGCAUCAGCAUGACGUUGUUCAACAAAUGGUUUGUCAAAGUCUGGCACGGCGGGUUUCCGUUCGUGUUCACGAUGGGCGCGAUCCACAUGUCCAUCAAAGCUCUACUGACCCGUGCCAUGCUGUGGCGGCAUCCCACGGCCAUUGCUGCGAUUUCCCCGCACAACUACUGGAGACUUUGUGUCCCCAUCGGACUCUUCACCGGGGCCGACAUCGUCAUGUCCAACAUGUCCCUUCGAUACAUCACCGUGUCCUUCUUCACCAUCGUCAAGUCUGGCGGCAACGUGUGGAACCUGCUCUUCUCGAUCGCCCUGGGGCUGCAACACCUGUCCCCGUCGCUGUUCAUCGUCGUGGUCGUCAUCUGCGUCGGCAUCGGCCUUGCCAGCUACGGCACGAUCCACUUUGUCGUCAUCGGGUUUGUGUUGGUGCUCUCCGCGUCCAUCCUCGGAACGCUGUGGUGGGUCCUCACGCAGUUCCUCAUGCAGCAGAUGGAUCCCCGCCAAAACAAGUGCGUGUCCAAGGACCUACAUUCUGCCGUGGCACUCGAACCUACAUUCCGAAUCCUCUCGACCCAACAUUCUUGACCAUACAUAUUCGGUAGGUCGUUGGCCGUGGUGUUUCACAUCGCGCCUGUGAGCGCGCUAUCGCUGGUUCCCAUCGCUCUUGUUGUGGAUGGCGCUGGCUUGACGUCGUCCGUGUUUGCACGGGACAUGACAUUGUGGAUGGAAUGCCUGGUGUUCCUCACCACCGGCGGCUUCCUGUCGUUUUUGCUCAUCUACGUCGAAGUGGAACUCGUGAAAUCGACGUCGGCGCUGUCGCUCGGCAUCGCGGGGAACCUCAAGGACGUAAUGCAGAUCCUCAUGGCGAUGUUGGUGUUCCAAGACCACUUGAGUGCUGUGAAUGGCGCGGGGUUGGCCCUCGCCACAGUCGGCCUCAUGUGGUACUCGUAUCUCAAGACCACCACAACCGCGACCACGACGACCACGGAGUAUGCGUCUGUAGUCCAACAAGAUGGUGACGAAGACGAGAUUGGCAUCCAGUCCAGGACAAGCUGGCCACACGACACGACGAAGCAAUUGGAUCACCACGCUUAGUCGGCGCUACUACGUCGAUUAGACUCACAGUGGUACAAAUUGAAUAAGGUAUUUCCCAAGGGGCUAGUCUGCGAACAUUCCCGUCCAUGCUUUUUGAAGUAUCCACGCAAAUACGACUCCUGAUUGGCUAAAACGAGAAUUUUUCCGG